AAAAAUUUGAAGCAAAGAAACCUAUAUUAGCAAAACAUCUUAAUGUGUUGCCCAAAGUAGUUUAACAAAAAAAGAAAUAGAUUUAUUAAAUAUAGUAAUUAUAUUUAUUAUGAGUUUUUUAUUAUUAAAGAUUUUUGUUCCAUUGUACCUCUAACAACCUCACACAAUAAAUAAAACCGGGCGUUCCACAGUAGCUAAUUUCUCUGUCAAACAGCUGUUGGGAGGCAGUUCGAGAGAUUAGCAAUAUCAACAAAAAUUUUAUUAAGCCUGUGCGCUUCUGUAUUUCUUUUAAGGUCAUUGCUUCAUUUAGACGUACUACCUGCCAGCGUAUUAUAUUUGAGUUAAUUAAAAAAAAACUUAAAUUGAAAUGUGUGUUAUAUUUUUUUAUGCUAAUUCAAAUCCUGGCCCUGCUGGCUAUAAAUUAAUUUUGGCUUCUAAUCGGGAUGAGUUUUUUGAACGCAAAACGCAGACUGCAGCAAAAUGGGCAAAUGCCGAACAUGUUUACGGUGGUAUUGAUAUGGAACCAGGACGUGAAGGUGGCACAUGGUUAGCUAUUGGCGGUAAGAAUGGCAUAUAUAAGAUUGGUGCCUUACUCAAUUUAACCGGUGAGCCCAAGCCCAGGAAUGCAAUUGCACAUAAUAUUUAUUUGCACUGCAACAACAACAAACUGAAAAUUGGCGUUCCAUUAACAAUAACCAAAUCAACCACAACCACAAAAAGUAAACUACAUAAUGAACACUUUUUAUUAGGGCGUGGCAUGAUUGUUGCUGAUUUUGUUAAUUCUACUUAUGACAGUUACAUUGACAAAUAUAACCAAGAUUUAGUUUCUGACUGUGCAAAAUACACUGCCUUCAACUUUGUUUCCAUUGAAAUUGGCGAUCCAACAAAACCAGCAAGUAUUUUACACUGCAGUAAUGUACCACCAAGUAUAACGAAAUUUGAUGAAGGUUUAUGUUAUGGCUUUGGUAAUAGCUUACCGGAGACACCAUUUCAAAAAGUACACUAUGGACGUAAACGUUUCGAGGAGAUUGUGAAUAACUUAGUGAAAACACAAAAUAAAAUGGACCCUAAAAUGUUUAAGACAACACAAGAGAAAUUGAUUGAAGAUUUAUUUGAACUUCUGAAAUGUAAACGUAAAUUCUGGCCUGACGUCGAAUUGAAUAGACGUGCACCCAACUGGGGCGAGUAUUUAAGUGCGCUUAAUGUGAGUGUAGAUGAUGAAUCCUAUGGCAGUAGAACACACACAAUAAUACUUAUUGAUAAUAAUGACGUUAUGCAUUUCAUUGAAGAAACAAUGGCUGGCAAUGAUCCAGACGGAGAAUGGAUAAAAACCCAUAUUGAGAAAAAUAUUGUUUAAGAAAUUAUUUUGGAUUUUAUGUCAUAUAUAAACUUAUUUGUGAUUAAGUUAACUUUUAAAAAGGACUAAAAUUUAUUUUUAAUAUUCGUAUUUGUCUUUUUAUUUACUUUCAUGAUUCGCUGGUAAAAUCUUAACUCAGGAUAGUAAAAAUAUACUCUCUUAUUUAUAAAGUAAUUUAUUUAAAUUAAUUAUUUAU